UCACUCUCACACACUAACACACACAAUGCUACUCCCAAUAAGUUGUAGCUAGAAGAGACAGAGGGUCCGCCACUAUAUCCCUCCCAGAGGAGACUGGGAACCACCACUAACAGCUCAGUUUCUCUCACUUCUCUUAGCAGGCGUAGGCGCAGGUAGAGCUGUCAAAGGAACAAAAAUAGAAACAUAGAGCUUGGGAGACAAAGCUGUCCUCAUUACAGCUGAGAUAAAGCACUGCAGAUAACACAUCUUCAGAAGUAAAAAAAAAAACAUCCCAGACAGAAUGGAAGUGGUGCUGACCAGACUCCGAGAUUUCUCCUGUAAGGAAGCUUCCUUCGAAGACCCCAAAGCAGCAGUGAUGUUCAGAGAGCGUCCAGCAGCAGAGAACCUCUGCAGGCCAGAGAACGUGGGCUGUGACCAGACCGGACGACUGGACAUCGAGAGUGCUCUGGCCUGGCUGAGACGAGAGCUGAUGGAGAUGCGCUCACAGGACCAGGCUCUAGUCCGGCAGCUGAUGCACCUCCACGCUGGCAUCCAGGAGCUGAAGCAGGAGUGUUCUCUGGAAUAUGAAGAUGAUGAAGAGCAGGAGGACGAUGAAGAGCCAUGCUGGGACUCAGGAAGCGAGACAGGGGGGAGCAGUGCCUCCUCUUAUUCAGGAGAGAUGUGUUUUUACCCCUCUAUCUACUCCCCCUAUCGCAACAGUCCACUUCCUGUAGGCUGUAUACCAAAGAGGGCCUUCUGCCGGCGCAGCUCAGUGCCUUAGAGAGCUGCUGCACGUCAUCUGAACAAACAUUUUUUAAACCUGUGCUGCUCUCACAUUCAUUU